AUGGCGCAAAGAAAACCUCUCUCAGAGGUCAUCCCUCCUCUCAUCCUUGGCACAGCCACCUUCAACGUACAAUACCACCCCGACCCUAAGCACAUGCCCUAUACCGAUAUCGUAGGCCGCGCCCUCGCCCACAACAUCCUCGCCUUCGACACAUCCCCCUACUACGGCCCCUCCGAGAUUCUCCUCGGCGACGCCCUGCGAAAACUGACACCGCCACCGCCGCGAGAGGGCUACUUUAUUAUUACAAAGGCUGGGCGCAUUGCAGGCGACGAGUUUGACUAUUCUCCUGCUUGGAUCAACUACAGCGUGUGUCGCAGUCUUGAAAGAUUGGGAACAUCGUACCUUGAUCUUGUUUAUACCCACGAUGUCGAGUUUGUCUCGCCUGAAGAAGUACUUGUUGCUGUUACCGAGCUGAGACGGUUGAGAGACUUGGGUCUUGUUCGAUAUGUUGGUAUUAGCGGAUAUCCUGUGGAGACCCUUGCGUCGCUUGCAGAGAUGAUCUUGCGCGAGACGGGAGAACCGUUGGACGCUGUCAUGUCGUACAGCAACUUUUGCAUACAGAAUAAUAAGCUUGGAAACCAGGCGCUGCUCGAUCGCUUCAAGGCUGCUGGUGUGGACUGUUUGCCUAAUGCUAGUAUGCUCGGCAUGGGUCUUUUGACAACACGCGGUAUCGACAACAGCCCUAUGCGCGCUUGGCAUCCGUCUCCUCCCGAACUGCGCGACCUGUGCGCUCAGCUCUCUGCCAUUGCGCAAGACGAAGGCGAGCACUUGGAAGAAGUAGCUAUCCGCUGGGCUCUCGAAAACUGGGCGCGCGUGGGAUCACAGUUUGGUACACACUUAAACCCUAGUGAUACAGGACGUCUGGGUGUUAGUGUCAUGGGUGUGUCAAGCGUGGAUGAGCUGGAGGAGACGUGGGCGUUGUGGACGAGUGUGGUUGGACUUGUGGGCGAUGAGGAAGCUGAGCAACGCAAAGCCAAGAUUGAAAAGAUUGUUAAUGAGAGAAUGUGGCCUACGCUGGGAAGCUGGAGGAAUCACACGUGGGUGAGCGGUGGUCCUGAGUUUGUGAAUACGAGAGCGGUGGAGGAUAUGGGGGUUGUGCCAAGGGAUGAGACGGCGAGGAGAUGGGGAUUGGUACCUGUUGCGUUGGAUACGCCAAAGAUUUAA